AUGUCCCGCAAGGCCAAUGUGGAGUACACUCUGCGGAGCCUGAGCAACCUGAUGGGGGAGAAGCGUCGCCGCGGCGGCGGCGGCUGCGCGGACCUUGAGCGGGCGGCUCGGCGCCAGUUCCAACAGGACGAGACGCCGGCCUUCGUCUACGUGGUGUCCGUCUUCUCUGCCCUGGGCGGCUUCCUCUUCGGCUACGACACCGGCGUGGUGUCCGGAGCCCUUCUGCUCCUGAAGAAGGAGCUCCACCUGGACGCUUUCUGGCAGGAGCUCCUGGUCUCCAGCACGGUGGGCGCUGCUGCCGUCUCGGCGCUGGCCGGCGGGGCGCUCAACGGCUGCUGGGGCCGCCGACCCUGCAUCCUUCUGGCCAGCUGCAUCUUCAUGGCCGGUGCCGUUUUGCUGGCGGCAGCCCAGAACAAGGAGACCUUGCUGGGGGGGCGCAUCGUGGUGGGGCUCGGCAUAGGUAUUGCUUCUAUGACAGUUCCAGUAUACAUUGCAGAAGUUGCUCCACCCCAUCUGAGAGGCAGAUUAGUUACUAUAAAUGCACUCUUCAUCACAGGUGGCCAGUUUUUUGCGAGUGUGAUAGAUGGAGCCUUCAGUUACCUUCCAAAAAAUGGAUGGAGGUACAUGUUAGGCCUUUCAGCCAUUCCAGCUGUAAUACAAUUUCUUGGCUUCCUCUUUCUUCCUGAAAGUCCCCGCUGGCUUAUUCAGAAAGGGCAAACUCAAAAGGCACGUAGAAUUCUUUCUCGGAUGCGAGGUAACCAAACAAUAGAUGAAGAAUAUGAUAGUAUCAAGAAUAACAUUGAAGAGGAAGAAAAAGAAGUUGGUUCAG